AAUGUCAAAGUCAAAAUGUAAAGAGUUUCGUAGAAUUUCCCUCACGUUCAAAAUUCAACCACAUAAUGUAAAAUCAAGAAUCAUUCAUCUAAUACUAGUAUCUUCUGGAAUUCUGUAGCAACACAAAUUGAUUCAACCAAAACCCAUAAAAUCCCCAUUUCUAUUGCCUACACCAUUCUAAAAUUCUCUAUUCGCUCUCCUGCAAAUUGGCAUCAACAUUUCCGUCAAAGAUGUCGUCCGCCGGCGUCGCAAUCGCAGCAUCGCAAUCUUAUUUCUGCUAUCAAUGCAAUCGCACCGUAACCCUAACUCCGCUACCCAAUUCUGAUCUUUCUUGCCCCAAUUGCAGCGGGGGUUUUCUUGAAGAAUUCGAAUCUAAUAACCAAUUCCAUCCAAACCCUAACCCUAACAUUGGUCGUUAUAUCUUAUCGCCCGACUUUCCCGAUUCUUUCUUUUCUCCAUCCAUCACUACUGUUAGGCGUGGGCCAGUUGUUAUCUCUUCCUCAACAAUCGAUUUCGAAAACCCUAGAAGUUUUUCUCGUUUUUUCUCUCCCACUCCAACUUCUCCUUCGGGGUUUAAUGCUUUCGAUUUUCUCCAGAACUACCUCCAGAAUCUUGGCGGUAAUGGUGCGAAUUUACAAUUCGUUGUUGAAAAUGAUAUGGCUGAAUCGAAUUUUAGAAUUCCUCAAAAUUUUGGAGAUUACUUUUUGGGGCCGGGUUUGGAGCAAUUGAUUCAACAGCUUGCUGAGAAUGAUCCAAAUCGAUAUGGGACUCCACCGGCUUCGAAACAAGCCAUUGAUGAUCUACCUGAUGUUGUGAUCAGUAAGAAUUUAGUGAAUUCGGAGUCGAAUUCGUGUGCUGUGUGUAUGAAUGAGUUUGAAUUGGCUUUGAAAGUGAAACAGAUGCCUUGUAAGCAUUUAUAUCAUUCUGAUUGUUUGGUUCCUUGGCUUCAGCUGCAUAAUUCUUGUCCUGUUUGCCGGUUUGAGUUACCUACUGAUGAUCCUGAUUACGAGAACCGAAGAACGAGAGGUGAACAGGGUCAGGGUUCCGUUCCAUCAUCGGAGGGUGGGAAUGCUGGAGUUCAGGGAGGAAAUCGGAGUGGCGAAAGGAGGUUUCGAAUUUCGUUGCCGUGGCCGUUUAGAGGGCUCGGUAAUUCUGGAGGGACCAGUGAUAGUGGAUCCAGUUCAGGGGUUCAGCAAGGUGGUAAUGAUGGGCGUUCGGAGCCAAGGCAGGAAAGCUUGGAUUAAAGCUGAGGAAGAUGUCUACCAGAGUUGUGUUAUCUGAUUGUCUUGCUCGGAAUCACAUUUUUGGGAGAUUUUGGAUGACGCUUCCACAAUGUAUCAAAGUUCUAGUAUUUUUGGGUCACAUUUUAUUUGGGUUAGAGUGUGGGUAGCAAAAAAUGUUGCUGGAUAAGAAAGUAAAAGUAUUUUGCAAUGUUGAUAUUCAUUGUUACUGUGAUCUAUUUGGUCUUGUGUUAGAGUUGUACAUAUUUAACUAAGAAAUGAUUUUUAUGUCCAUGUUAUUUGGUCCGUUAUGAUUUUA